AUGGCACCUUCAACUGAGAAACGUCACCUUCGAUGGCCGACAAAGAUAAAGAGAGGGUUUACAGGAGCCGUGCCAGAUUGGACUGUUGCCGGAGACGACGAUGAUAAGUACGAUGUUCACAUUAUGAGAAAACGCCUCGCCAGGCGUCGAGUCCGUCGAGAUACAGCCAAAACCUCAGCACAAGAGACUGAACUCUAUGUUUCUUUCCUAGAAGAGACUGUCGCUCCAACUCCCACUCCCACUGCCACACAAUUUUACUCUAGCACACCUACAGCGGUCGAAGAGGAGAGUGGAAGCGGAAGUGGAAGUGAUAGCAGUGAUGAUGAAAGUGGGAGUGAUGAUCAGAACGAGGAGAGCGACGAUGAAGAGGAGAGCGAUCCAGUGCCAACUGAAACGGCGGAAGGCGUCAGCGACCAAGAUCUCGAAGUGAAAUUGCCCGCAACAGCAACAGAUUCACCAAGUGUUGAUGCUCCAUCGGCAGAGGGAAGCACAGACGGAAGCAUGAUUUCUGGAAGCGAGGGAAUUCACUCAAAUGUCCAUAAAAUCCUCUUGGGUGUAGGAUCAGUUGGCGCCUUCCUUCUCCUUCUCGGAGUUGGUUUCCUCGUCUGGAAGUUCUACGCAAAGAAGAAGACCUCAAAGAAGCCUCCUCCCGUCGAUGAUAUGUCUUUCGAGAAACCUAACCGCUUCGAGGGUCUUGUCUCCAAGAUACCUUAUGUGGGAUCGCGUCUCGGCCACAAAGACUGGUACACCAUUGAAGACCCGUCUCCUCCCUACUCUUCACAAGUAGGCGACGAGAAGAUACGGCAUUUCUCAGCAACACCCUCAUCUUCACCCUCUCCUGUAUACGCACCUUCAUCUCUCCCUUCGCCCUUCGAAAUCUCUUCAUCCAUCCCCAAGCAGUCCAACACUCAUCUUGCUGUACCCACCAAACCAUGGGGCACCUAUAGAAUGAGCGGUAGAACGGAACAGACCAACUACGACAUUGACGCUAUGAGCCCUACCAGCACAGCCUUUGUCGACAACGCUGUUGAAGUUCAGGUUGUUGCUCGCCAAGUUCCUGGAGUAGGUCUCAGCCCACCUUACAAACCGCAACACAACCGCAUUCCCUCCGACGCACCAUAUGCUUAUGGUACUGCAAGACGUCAGACUGGCGUCAGUGAACUAUCAUCUAUCUCUUCUGGCUUCGGUGAUGGUGACAUUGUUGUGACGCCUGACUACCAGACCGUCCAGAGCGUUCCCUCAAUGCCAACCCCUUCUCGCCAACCCACAUGGAAGUCAACAAACACAUUCAGCCGCCGCGAUACUGUUUCCACAGUAGCUUCGGUCGACGGCCGACCGAGAUUCCGUUCGGUGAACUCAUGGGUGAAGCAACAAAAUGGACAACUGCGACGAGCCCAAAGACAACAAGAGCAGAGUGACGCUCCCCCGGUCCCUGCUCUUGCCCCCCCUCCUGAGCAGGAUUUCAGAUAUAUGCUGCCAGAUGACGAGAGACCACGCCCCGUAGAGAUGGUCUGA